AUGAGGGAGGAAUAUUGCCCUCGUGAUGAAAUACAGAAGUUAGAAAAUGAGUACUAUGAUCUGAAAAUGGUGGGGUCUGAGAUUGAAGCAUAUGUGAAGCGGUUGUAUGAGUUGGCUGACUUGUGUCCGAAUCUGUCUCGACCUAUGCCUCGAAGAAUUGAGUUGUUCAUCAAGGGGUUACCUCCACGGGUGAAGGGUUUGGUUACGGCAGCAAACCUCAAUAAUUUAACUCAGAUUGUUCGCUUGGCUCACAAGAUCGUUGAUCAGGAGGUGGAAAGCAACUCACUGCCACCACGUAUUUCCAGCACUGCUACAGCCGCUACUACUUCCACUGCACCUGCUACUGAUGGCAAGCUUUCAAUGUAUUUGCUAGAUUGUUCGUUUCUUAGAGAUGUGUAUGUGGUUGAUGUUGAACAAAAUAAAGCCAAUAUGUCGCCAUGGCAUGACAGAUAUGGAGGAUGGCAGGGCUCUGCGUAUGAUACGCAACUGAAACAAGUUCUUGCUAAUGGUAAAAAGGGAGGUUUGAAUGUGGGGGCUGUUCUUAUUUUUCCAGAGGGUUUUGAAUUAGCCCCUCCCGAUCGUAUUUCCCCCGAGAUAAAAGAAAAGAUGGGUAAUUUGUCUUUUCAGAGCUAUCGCCCCAAUCAAAAAAAUAUUCUUGUCAUAGGCCCUGUUCCUGGUCAGAAAUAUAGUGAAAUCACCUUUCCUAUUCUUUCCCCGGACCCCGCUACUAAGAAAGACAUUCACUUCUUAAAAUAUCCUAUAUACGUAGGUGGAAACAAGGGAAGGGGCCAGAUUUAUCCUGACGGGAGCAAAAGUAACAAUACAGUUUAUAAUGCUACAGCAUCAGGUAUAGUAAGCAAAAUCCUACGAAAAGAAAAGGGGGGAUACGAAAUAACCAUAGCGGAUGCGUCGGAUGGACGUCAAGUGGUUGAUAUUAUCCCUCCGGGGCCAGAACUUCUUGUUUCAGAAGGCGAAUCUAUCAAAUUGGAUCAACCGUUGACAAGUAAUCCUAAUGUAGGCGGAUUUGGUCAGGGAGAUGCAGAAAUAGUACUUCAAGAUCCAUUACGUGUACAAGGCCUUUUGUUCUUCUUCGCAGCUGUUAUUUUGGCACAAAUAUUUUUGGUUCUUAAAAAGAAACAGUUCGAGAAAGUUCAAUUGUCCGAAAUGAAUUUCUAAACUCGCGAAUUUAUCGACAUCAAGUUUGUAAAAAGAACCAAAUUCUUUUUAGUAAUUAUGAUAUAAAAAAUGAAAUUAUAAAAGCCUUUUUUGUUUAUACUCGUU